UCACUCAACAACCGGGAUGACUUCAAAUCACUCAUAUAUCACCUCACACUACUGAAUAGGGUAGGUUUGAAAUUACUAUUAAGUGCAAUAGUACAUUGAAGUUAUUGGGGUGAAAUAAGAAACGUGUGUGCUUUAGUGUUUUGAGUGCUUUAAGUGUGGACUCCGGACCUUGUAGUUGACGUUCGCUAAAUUUAGCCAUUCUGAGGCUAGCUAACACGUUACACUGAAGCUAAUGUUACUGGCUAGCGUCAUUUGUACAUAAAGAACAGCGUUACAAGUUAGUCUAAUAUCCUUGUCAUUGCACAUACUUGCAAUGCAUAUAAUCGAUAUAUACGCUAUGUGUAUUUUAUCCCAGACAUUAAAGUAGCACUAUGUUUGGUGCAGAUCUUUCUUCUUUGUUUACAAAUGUAGCCAUGGUAUACUCUGCAGGCUGCUGCUGCUAGCUGGCAAGCUAAUGUUAGGAAACCUUUUCCAGUUUGUCCGCAAACAGUACAAGACUGAGGCAAAAAUACCACCCUUUCAUACCAUAAAGUUGGCUAAAUAUCUAUUUUUCAUCUCCUGUCCUCUAAAUUAAAAGCUGUAAGAAAAAUUGUCGAGCUGUUUUUCUGAUGGUCAGCCAUGGACGAUGAUGACAGCCAAGAUGAGCUGAUCAACCGCAGUACAUCUCAAAGCAAAGGGAAAAGGGCUGCGUUGUGGGCAAUCUCAGAUGACUCCGAUGAUGCCGAGGAGGAGUCUGAGGAAGGAGAAUCUGACAGUGGUGAUGAAGAAGAGGAUCAGCUUGAUGGAGAGGAUGAUGAUGACCUGGGGGAGGAAGAAGAAGGGAAUGAGGAGGAGGAUGAUGAGGAAGAGGAGGGCGAUGCAAAGGCUGGGGAUGGAGCUUUUGGGGGAACCUCUGCUGACCUUUUAGAGAUGAGCUCGGAUGAGGACGCAGAGAAGUGUCCUAUAUGCCUUAACUCGUUCAGCAGUCAGCCUGUUGCAACACCAGAGAACUGCGAGCACUACUUCUGUCUCGACUGCAUCCUUGCAUGGGCCAAGAAUGCAAACUCGUGUCCUGUGGACCGUAUUGCCUUCAACAGCAUAUACCUAAGGAAAUGUUAUGGAGGCAAAGUGAAGAAAAUGAUCACAGUGCAAAAGCCUGUGAAGGAAGGGCAAGAGGAAACAGUAGAUCUGGACCUGGACCAGACCAGCUGUGAGGUGUGUGGGGGCAGUGACCGUGAGGACCGCCUCUUGCUCUGUGAUGGCUGUGAUGCUGGGUAUCACAUGGAGUGUCUCACACCACCUCUGGACUCUGUUCCUGUGGAAGAAUGGUUCUGUCCUGAGUGUGAAGCCAACAACCGUAACUCAAGGGGUUCAGCAGAAGAACUUAGUGAUGCAGAGAGCCUGCCUUCUACUGCCCGUCCUGCCACUAGUCGUUCCCAGUUUGGUGCUGCAGGUCCCACCAGAGCUAUCGCUCGAACUCAGCAGAGUGAGAGGGUUCGAGCUAAUGUCAACCGACAUCGCAUCACACAGGCACGCACAUCGCAGUUGGCCCCCACAUAUCUGAUUCAGUCUACUUGGCUGGAUGAGACUAUUAAUGCUGUGGUGGCUGGGCUCAAUACGGCUGUGUAUGUACGGGACUACACAACUCGUCUUCCGACUAGCCGCAGGCGCAGGACCGGAAAGCGCAGAAAGGUGAAAAGCAGGAACACAUCUUCUGCUAAGGGUAAAAACGGUAAAGUUACAGGAGUGAAGAGGAGGAGGCGGAAAGUGAGGCGGACAAAAUCCAGAAGAAAGCUGAUUCUGAAAAAGACACCCACCACUCGCAGCCGUAUUGCUAAUAAUCUUGGACUUGUGAAGGACAAGAAGAGUGCUUCAAUUCCUGCAGUAUACCGACCACCAGAGCACACGCUAAGCGGCAUGCGUGCUGACAUAGGUGCAGCAUCUCUCUCCAUCUAUGGAGAUCCUUUUGACCUGGAUCCAUUUGUGGAGCGUGAGGAGGAAGAGCAGCACGCCCGUGUCACAUCGCUGUUGGAGGCCAAAAGACGGGGGAUCUCUCGCUCUGCUCUUCGCUCUCACCAGCCUGUAGCAAGACCAGUCACUGCAAGCCUUUCCAGGAGAAGUAUGGCUGUGACCCCAUCAGGGGGUGUUGUGGAGGAAGCUCCUGUGCCUGACCUCUUGGGCAGUAUCCUGUCGGGACAGAGCGUCCUUUUGAUGGACAGCUCUGAUAUCGUUAUCAAUCGAGAUGGUUCCCUGAAAGCUACAAAGCCAAUGCUGCCAUCAACGUCAGGUUGCAGCAAUGGCAGUCGCUCAGGAGAUGCCAGCACUGAGAUCAGCCCAAUGAUGUCACCCAGCCAGGGAGACAGGUCUCCGUCUCUCCACCACAACGGAGACCUACCAGGAUCCUCUUAUAGUUCCACGAACAGACCUUUCUCCCAGAGCUCUUCUCACCUGUCCCCCUGCAUUCCCUCUUCAGCCAACCACAUCCAACCAUCUUCCCAUUCUGAUUUUCCACCACGAGGUCCUCCAAGUUUGCAUCAACCCCGUCCAAUCAGACCGACACACCCUGCUGGUCAUCUGAGAACCAAUGGAGUUAGAGUCCCUACCCCCUCCACAUCCAUCCACCCCACCCGAGACUCCAGCUCUAGUAGCAAGGAAAUGGCCUCAUCACAGUCUCUAUCUAAAAAAGCACCUCCAAAGCCCAUGUGGGUAGAUGUGUCAGUGCUUCCUAGGAUACCAAAAAUAAGAAGGGAGAGCAGCAGUAUCACAAAUGAUGGCAAUAGUCAAGGUGGCAGAACUAGUAGGGGAAGCAGUAGUAAUUCUACCACCAGUAGUAAUGAUUAUGGUGUGCCAGAAACGGGCAUCACCAGCCUUGCUGGGGACAGGGGAAGGCAGCAAAGUGUAGACCAGCAAAAGGGCAGAGCAGAUGGACAGAACCAGAGACAAAGGCCAGAUGGAGCUAGCACGUCAUCGGCCUUCUCCAACUCAUUCUCCUCCUCCUCUUCUUCUUCCUCCUCUGGUUCUUCUGCCAGCCAUCCACGAUAUUCUUCGUCUUUCUCAUCUUCCUCAUCCUCCUCAUCAGUGAGUUUCCGCAUUAAUUCCAGUGGGAACUCCUGGCAGUCAAGGCGGCUAAGCGGCUCGCCAUCUUCUGCUGCAGGAGGCAGUAUGCAGGGACACCGCAGAGAAAAGGAAGAAGAAGCAAAAAAGAGACAACUGCACAGGGAUAAACAGAUGCUCCUGGCAUCACGUACACUGACCAGCCAGGACAGAGACAGUAAUACUAUUUACGAUCCCUUUAAUCCCACUCUGUCAGACUCUAACAGCUCAGAUGAUGAAGGUGAAAGCACAAGUCUGGAUGUUAGCAACCGUCAUGUCGCACAUGAUUGGAAGGCUCCCAGUUUGGGAAACAAGAAGAGAUUAGUGCAAAGCAAGCAGGGCCAGAUUUCUGUGAAAACAGAAACGCAGGAGAUUGAGGAAUCGCAGGAAGAACCAGUGAGAGUUAGUGCUCAGGAAACAACAUCACUAGAGGUCAGUUUCCCAGAGGAAUACAUCAAGGUAAAAAAAGAAUCUAGACUAACAGACACUGAGACUGAAAAACAAACAUUGUUACUCCACACUAAAGUUAAAAAAGAGCCAGGGUUAGAUGAUGCAGGAGAAGACAAAAGGUUUGGUCACACUGUAAAACAUUUGAAUUCAGAGACCAACACACCACCUGCUCAAAACAGCCUGGAUCUUGUAAAGACAGAGAGAGAGUCUUCAGAAGAGCAGAGUGGACAGAUUGUUGGAACUCCCAACAGUGUUCCCCCUGACUGUGAGAACGAUUCAUCAGCAUCUAACUCUGCUCCCAUCAAGAAGAAACAAAAGCCAGAAAUUAUAUCAGAUUCCAAAUCCUCUUCCAAGUCAAGAGAUUCAGGCCUUAAGAAGAAGACCCCCCAAGUCUCAAAGGAGAUGCGCUCUAGUAGUUCAGAGCCAGACCAAGGCAAGAGAAGAGACCAUCAUGCCUCAGGCGAGGGAGGCCGAAAGAAAGAAAAGGAGAAGGACAGAGAUAGGAAUUCCAGACGCUCAAGGUCCAGAGAGAGGAGGAGGAGGGCACAUUCAACCUCUGAGAGCUCUCAGUCAAAUUCCCCAGAUAGGACUCGCAGAAAGAGACAGCGGUCCAGGUCCCGGUCCCGAUCCAAAGACAGGAGGCGAUCUAGGUCUGGUUCCAGCUCUAGCAGCAGAGAACGAUCAAGGAAGAAGAAGCACACACAAAAGAGCAAGGAAAGAAAUGACAGCAGAGACAGAGACAAUGACAGAAGACGGGCGUCAAGAGACCAGAGACGGGGCCGGUCUUGCUCUAAAUCACGUUCAAGAUCCAGAUCUAGGUCGAAGGAUCAUAAACGUGGUAGGUCUCACUCGAAAUCCCGGUCAAAAUCACGCUCCAGAUCCAGGGAAAGAAGAAAAGACCACACACGUCUCCAACAACCAUCUUCCUCCUCCAGAGAGAAGGUGGAGUCACAGUCAAAAGACAAGAGGAGACGCAGGUCAAGGUCCAGCUCAAGAGAUAAAAGGAAAGACAAAGGAUCGUCUUCCAGGAGUUCUCAAAAAACUUCAGGGUCCCAGGUUCCGGCCUCUAAGGACACAAAACGGUUACAGGAUAAGAAAAAAGAGAAGGUAAACUCUCUCAAGGAGGAAAAAGUUGCCACAUUGAAUAAACCGAAGACUUCUUCCUGUAGUACUGACUCUCAACCUGGAAAGAAAGACAAAGACCUCAGGGCAGACGGUCCGGCCACAACACCAGAAAAGGUGAAAGAGAUAAAGGUUGAAAAAGAAAUUAAGAAAGAAAAACAACCAACUCUUGAUAUGUUUGAAGAUUUUUCUAUUGCUAAACCAAUUAAGAAAGAAGAAACUGACAGUCAAGCUUCAAUGUUUGCCAAAAGCAAAGGUGAGGAGGAAAACAAAGAGGACCCCAUUAAGACUGAGAAGUUUGAAAUGAAAACUGAGACGUUUAAAAUCAAGACGGAGACGUUUGAAACGAACACUGAGACUUGUGAAAUCCCUAUAAUUAAAUCCGAGCCAAGCUCCCCAGAAUUAUGCCACUUACCCCCCGUCACCUCAUGUUCUACACUGACUCCCCCCGUUACAGCAGACAGUCCCCAGGAUACAGUCUCUCAGUCAGAGUCACAGGCCUCUGGAGAACAACAAGACUCUGUAGGGUUCACUGUCCCUGUAAAGCAGGAAGUUCAGCAACCCUCAGACUCUGAUGAUGACUUUAACGUUGAUGUGAUGCUAGACAACCUGGACUAUGUGAAGUCAGAGCGCACAGAGGACAGCAAUGCAUCUGUCAAACAAGCGAAGGAAGUAGAGGAGGAGAAGAAUGAACCACUAUCAACUGUAGUGAAAUCCAAGACUCAAGUGAAGAGGGUAACCUGGAAUAUACAGGAGCCUGAGGGGCCUCAACGGGAGAAAUCACCAAGCAAGCUCUCUCUGUAUAAACUGAAGCUGAAGCAGGAAGGAGCUCGCAGACCCUCUUCAGCAGCCCAGACGUUGAGUCAGGACACCACUGGAGCUGCCAGUCACCACUCCAAGAGGGGGGCUGUUUGUCCGCCCAGUUCCUCAUCUAGAUCUGAUGAUGUACAAGCAGAGGUAGAGGAAGGGGAUCUGUCAAGAAAAGACCAGUACUUGAAGAAGCUGCACAUGCAGGAGAGAGCUAUAGAAGAGGUGAAGCUCGCCAUCAAGCCUUUCUACCAGAGGAGAGACAUCAACAAGGAUGAAUACAAAGAGAUUCUACGCAAAGCCGUCCAGAAGGUGUGCCACAGCAAGAGUGGGGAGAUCAACCCGGUGAAGGUGGGCAAUCUGGUCAAGGCAUAUGUGGACAAAUACAAACAUGCUAGGAAACACAGGAAGGGAGAGGACUUAGAGCAGACAGAGGAGGCUGAGGCCAUGAAAAUCUCUGAUAGCCCAUGAAGAGGAGGUAAUGAAAGGCAAGGUCAGCCAUACCCACUGGAAACACUGUAUCAUGUUAUACCAUGUUUUACUUUGUGAUCUCAUACUCUCUAAAAAUCUCAACGGCGAACUUAGAUUUGUUCAAAGCUUCAAGAUGGAACAUUUUCUAUACUCAAGCUUUCUUAACUGAAUUUUGAAGGCAAACUUUUUUUGUUGAUCACUUGAACUGCACCGAGUGAUGUCUUGUGCUUGGACUGUCACUGCCAAAAAACUGCUCUCUUUGUGUAGUACGGCUCAGAAACCUAAUAAGACCCCUUGAGGUUGUGCCUUAAAGAGGCAAUCCCAAAAGAUCCUCCCAUGGAGUGAUAAAUCAGGUAGCUUUCUCCACAGGUAUAUCACUGGGAGGAUGCAGCGUGGGCUGUAGAGAAGGGGUAUUUGUCAGUGGCAAAACACAUUUUUGUUGGUUAAGAAGUGGAAUAUAAGUAUGCAGAGUGUGCAUAUUUGAGAACUUUGUCACAUUAAGGAACAGCACUGUUAUGCAAUUUUUGUAGAAAAUUUAUCAGUAGAGUAACUAAACAAUUUUAGAUUUGGUUGUAAAUAAUAUAGAUUUGAUAUAUCCACUUAUGUUUCUUUUGUGUUGCCUGUUGCGUAUAACUGACAUAAAUGGUUAUAGUUUAUAGAGUUGACUGGUUUGUGUUUUGUCUGAAAAUCCUCUGUUAUCUGUCUUCCACAUCUCUUUUAUCCAUGUCUAAUGAGCUGAACCUAGUCCAGCGUACUACUGGUGAAUUCAGGCUCAGCAGUUUUCAUAUAAAUAAUGCAGUCACUCUUCUCAAAUAACAGCCUCUUCUUUUUGGACAUACUUGCUUUUGUAUGUUCUGAACAAACCUUUGAAUUGCAGUAUUAUCUGUUUUCAACCCAUUACUAAAAUGUAGGAAGGUCGUCGAGGACUAGGGUUUUUUUUUUUUUUUUUUUGCUAAACUAGUAAGACUGAAUAAAUGAAUACAUAAAAAUGCACCAUUUCCCUCAAUAAAAUAGAUUACGUUUGCUUUGGGGCAUUCUGUUUUUAAACAAUGGAGACUACAACUCCAAAAUACAGUAGGUAAAAUAGGUUUUAUUUUGGUGUGAAAGGGGUUAUAAUAUGGACUGCAUGUGUCAAAUUUUUAGUUAUAAUCUCCAUUAUGUACAAAUAAUGUCUAUAUACUGUCACAGUAUGACCUUUAUUCUCCUUUUAUUUUCAGUAUUGAUUAUCCUGCUGAUUUUUUUCUUGUCUAAUUGAUCUAUUAUUUGAAAAAAUCCCCAAAAAGUAUUUAAAAAAAAGUCCAUCCCGUCUUUUAAAUGUAUUGUUUUGUCAGUCAUCAACCCAAAUAUAUUUAGUUUAAUGUAAUAUAAAACAGAGAGAAGCAGCAAAUCUUCAUAUUUGAGAGGCUAGACACAUCUCUUUCUGCCAUUUUUGCAUGCAAAAUUACAAAAAAUUUGACUCAAUUUCAGUUUCUUUUAAAAUUUUCUAUUAAAUGUUUAUUGAUAAUGAAGCUAAUUUUAUUGGCAUUUUAACAUCAAUUUAUAGUCCAUAUAUAAUAAAAACAAAGGAACGUCUCAUAAGUCGCAGCAUCUUCCAAGGUAGGUAUGAUACAAAUAAACACAUGCCUUUAGUUGAGGACAAUAAAGAAAGAAUUUGUUCAGUGUGCACCAUGAGGUGUCUGCAGUGCUUAGUUAUGACUGCUUUGUCAUUGUGUCUUAAACACUACUCUUAUGGACCCCCUUUAUUACCCUGCAUUGCUUGCUUUAACAGAAAUGUUCAUGAGAAACCUUUUGUCUAUAGUAGCUUGUUGGUCAGUUGUAAAGGCUGGUAAGGCGGCUGGUUGAACUUUGUUGUCAUGUUUAAUUAUUAAUAGGACUGGGAGUGGAAGACUCGUCAAAAACAGGUGCUCAUGUUUAUCUGAAUGUAUUUUACUUUUUUCUGCAUUUACUUGAUCAGACAGGCCAGGUGUUUCUACAGUAUGAGGGAACACAAAUGAUAAUAAAUCACUGAUGAUAAAUAGGG